AUGUUUUCACUCAACCCUUUCUACUACCAGCUCUGCGUUCUAUUUCCCAAAAACUUGGACAUCAAAUCUAUCCAAAAAUGUCCUAUAGACGAUGAAUGCGAUUUCACUCCUUUAGAGGGUAACGUGGCCAGUGGUAGACUAGGAUCAGCAUUUGUUAUUUUACAAAAAGACCACUUCACUGCACACAUUGCUGGCCAUACAAUCAAAUGUGACUACAAUUGUCGAAAUCGCGUUAUGUCUGUCCUCUCGAGCUACCGGCAUCUUGGACGCCUUGAUGAUGAGAAAGAGAUUGUUGAAACUAAUUUUGGACUCGACCUUAUCGAUGAUGUUGUUCAAAACAAUGAACUACCACAUUUAAUCUUCAGUAAUGAAAGGUAUCCGGAGCGGCGCAAUACUAAUACCAUCCAGGAGCACUUCAUCUCUGUGGACAUCCAAAAGUUUGCAGAAAUCACUAAAUCCAAACCAUGCAACCAAGACUCGUUUAUAGUAUGUCUGGGACGAAAAAAUUACAUUCACUAUCGAUUUAUGUGUUGCAACGUGAAGACGCUCGAAACAUACGAGUACACCAGUGAAACUAAAUCUCGUAUCGAAAAAGAGUUGAUCGACAACGUCGAUGGCUGUUUUGCCAUAUGGAAAGCUGAAGACGAGGCACGCAAGUUAAGCAAACCUGCUAAAAGGGUUUCCAACUUUCACUUAGUGGAUUCCCAAGGCCAUCCCGUAAAGGAGAAUACUGAUUACUAUCUUGAAAUGCAUGAUCAGCCUAACGAUGUCCUGAAAAUCAAGGAAUACAAACCAAUUAUCUACGCCACAUACCACCUCAAUCGAGCAGACAGGAUAGUUGUUAGAUAUUCCAUUAUAGAUGGAAUACACUAUCUCAUUUGCGAGGAUCAAUUUUUGCAAGUGCACGAUUUUCAGGAUGAAAUCGGAUUCAAGGAUAAAAUUCCUGAGAAAGAAAAGAGAAUAGAAUUUCAUACAACGGAAAAUAACACUUUCAGGACCGCUCAAUGGGAUAAUGAUAUCUGGCUCACAUUUCAAAAGGAAACGCUUAAUCAUAGUUCAGUAACUUUCAACGAUAAUGAGGCAGUUGUAAGAUGGGAUAAACCAUUGGAAUUGAUCUUGAAAAGAGUACAAACUUAAAUAAAUGAAGUGUCCCUUUGAGUCAAAGAGUGAGUGU